UCCCAGGGUCAUGCCACCCCAUGGAUGAGAGCUGCCGGGCAUGAAGGUCAUGCGGAUAGAACAAGAUGACGGAGCAGGCUUCAGGUCUGAACGUCCUCACUUUGUCGCCCUUGGAGAUCCACUUUUCGCAGACCAGAAUCCGGUACGAGUUUCAAGACGGCCGAAGCUUGCAAACUGCGUUGGAGGGAGUUGAGGAGAAAGACAUCCACUUUGACGGUGAGGAAGCCGUGCUGCUCUUGCCCCCUUUUCCGCGAAUUGAAGUGACGAGGUGGCGCUGCAAGCUGCGCGAUGAAGACGGUGCAGCCAAAGUGGACGAGAAUGGUCUUGAGCUCUAUAGUCAGGAGGAGCGAUGGUUUAGCUUUGACAACCGCCGCUUGUGGUGCUUGCAGCGUGCUGCUGCAAGAAGGUGGCCCAAGAAAGUCUAUUGCGAAGUCUUUGAGAUAUCACCGACCUUGGCAAAAACUCGCGAACUGCGGAAAUUUGACACUCGUACAUGCGGGAGGAGUGUUUUGAUCGGCAGACGAGAAGAAGAAAAUCUGGAGAAGUGGUGUUGGCGAACAGAGGUUGGCCUUGCAGUUGACUCACCUGAAGCUGGGGUUGCCUUACCAGCUUUGCGCCACCGAAGACCUGACACCGAGCGGAGAGGCAGCGAGUCGCGGAAACGGAAUCAGCCGCGGAGGCCGUCAAAAGAUGACAAUGAAGAGUCAGAGAGACAGCCUGUAAAUGAGAUCCUGCAAGGGUUUCUUGUGUUCAUGAUCAUCUACCUCAGCCUGCGCGUGUGCGUAAUCCUCUUCAGGAGGCUUGCAGGCAAUGUCAAACACAGGGAUUGGAAUGGAUCUGAUUCUUGAGACAUGCUGAUUGCUCCGUGGCAAGAGGGUCUCUAAAUUACGAUCUGACAUCAGUUGUGGGUUGUCAUGGCACCAAGGGGUAGCAGAGCAAAUCCAUGGUGAGAGAAUUUAAAUUGCUAAGGAAGUACAGCUAGCAGGAAGCUCUUCAGCCAUGAGGCAGCACGUGUUUGACACAGACUGGUGCUCUCCUGGGAGUUCAACCACUGAGACCUUCACGGUAGAUGUAGGGGCCCGCCAGAGGUGCGAGGUGAGCUAAGCUGUUCCGGCAGCAGGUUGCAAGCGCACAAGAAAGAAAA